AUUAUGGUCCUCGUAUCAAGGGGGGACGUUAAACCGCUGGACCAUGCUUUUCUUAUGUUUUGUAAUGUACAAUCCAAGGUUGUGUGGGAGCUGAAUUUACUUGCCGUUAUAGAGCUGUUCUCUCCUCAGCAGCCUCCUGUGGUUGAUGAAAGUCGAAGUGUGAAGUCGAGGGAGGUGCAUCUGUAACAGCCGAAAGUCGGACACUGAUGUGGAUUUCCACCCGCAAGGUGAACCCAGAUAGGAGCAGCAUCUGACUCGACUGAAGCUUGAACUUAUAAACCCACUGCAGUCAUGCUACUCCCCAUCCUUGUCCGUGAGUCCCUAUGCUGCUCAAAGAACUCUGUCUUACUGACAUCCUCAAACAUACAGACCUGUAUCAGGGGUCUUCAGGGCAUGGGAGCCAGGGGCCUCCACAGCUACGCCCAGUGGUUCCUCUGUAGGAGGCUUCCCUCACGCCUCAACACCCAAAUACGGGGGGCCAAGAGUUGGAAGAGCCAGACCAAGCAGCAGGAGGAUGAGUGGAGGAAGAGGAACAAGACAGUGCUGACGUAUAUCGCUGCUGCGGGGGUGGGGAUGAUCGGCAUGUCCUACGCUGCUGUACCCCUCUACAGACUCUACUGCCAGGCGUCCGGUCUGGGUGGGACGGCGGUGGCAGGUCACGAUGCAGAGCAGGUGGAGACGAUGACGCCGGUGAUGGACCGCAUCAUUAAGAUCACCUUCAACGCUGACACACACGCCAGCAUGCAGUGGAACUUCCGCCCGCAGCAGUCUGAGAUAUACGUGGUUCCAGGAGAGACUGCCCUGGCCUUCUACAGAGCCAAGAACCCUACAGACAAACCUGUUAUUGGGAUCUCCACCUACAACGUUGUGCCCUUUGAGGCUGGACAGUACUUCAACAAGAUACAGUGUUUCUGUUUUGAGGAGCAGCGGUUGAACCCUAAAGAGGAAGUGGACAUGCCCGUGUUCUUUUACAUCGACCCUGAAUUUGACGAGGACCCACGUAUGGCCCGUGUCGACACCAUCACACUCUCAUACACCUUCUUCGAGGCCAAGGAGGGACAGAAACUACCCCUCCCCGGAUAUAGUCCGAUUUCCCUACACAGCUGAAGAUUGGCCUCAUACUAUUUAUUGUUCUCCUCAGAGAUGCUGAGUUAGUCCAAUAUAUACAGGCAUUCAAUCCAUUUCGUCACUACAGGAUGUUACAGAAAAUGUUACAGUGUGUGUAUUAGACACAGAUGAUUGCUGUAAUAUCAGUCAUUCAUCCCUGAAUCAGAUAAUGCGAAGAUAAUAUACGAAAAUGAUCAUGUACAGAGAAGGGGUUAUGUAAGAAUGUUGUCCAUGUGAUGAAUAGUUAACUUAUCAAGUGUCUUUAAGACUGUACAGUGUUCGUUAAUCAAAUAAAUUAUGAUUUGAGCUUUGAGGACUAAUCAGACUGUUCUACCCCCCCGUUUUAAGGGUCCAUUUUAUCCCUCUGAACUUUGCAAAUGCCUUUUGUGUUUGUAUUGCUGCAAUUUCACCACUAGAGGUCAUCACUAAUCAUUAUGGAUUCGUAUAUCUGCCGAAUGAUACAUCAAUGUCAUGUUUGCCAUUUAUUUUCCCAUUUACCUGCUCAUAAUCGGUGACAAUUCAAAAACAAUGUUGUUCUCUGAGAACUUUCAUCUGAGAAUUUCCCCACAAUCUUUUAAAGUUUUCCUUUUCAAUUGCUA